GCAUAGGCUGGCAACAUUACAGCGAAGCCACAGUAUUUUUUCCACGUAAUUUUUGUCAAAACUCAAAAUUGAAGUGGGUUUAUUAGCGAAUUUUGCUCAUCUGCGAUGAUAUAAAGUAAGCAAUAUUACUCAUUCACGUCUCACGGGGCUCCGGUGGUUAAUUUACCAGUUACUGGCCAAGAUGAAGCUCAUCUGUGGCUUCUUGGCCGUACUAUUGGCAGUGUACAGCAGUGUGGCUGUGGACAAAAACAAUUUCAAGAGCUGUGAUCAGUCCGGGUUCUGCAAAAGACUUCGUGCGUUUAAACCGGAGAGAUCUCCAUUUGUUCUGAACAGGGAUACAGUUAUAGUGCACGGCAAUGUCCUGUCUGCGGAGGUGAACUCCGUCAGUGUCGAGGAUGAGAAAAAAACCGUCCUGUGGAAAUAUGCUCUCCGUCUGUCAGCCCUCGUGGACGGUACGUUCAGAGUGGAGAUGGACGAGGCGGAGCCGCUGUACCCAAGGUACAGGACGCAGCUGGCGCUGGAUGGAGAGCCCAAGACUGACAGCCUAAAACUGCUAUCAGAGAAAGACGGCAAGCUGACUGUCGCCAACAGCCAAGGGCACCAGGUCAUCAUCACGAUGGACCCGCUAAAGAUAGAUUUCCUGGAUGCCCGUGGGGAUGUGGCUGUGGUGCUGAACGAGAAGAGUCUACUGCAAGUGGAACCGCUGAGAACGAAGGAGGAAAAGGUGGACGUUGAUGAGAACGGGGAGAGUGUUGUUGCUGUUGACGAGGAAGGCACGUGGGGUGAGAACUUCAAGUCGCACCACGACUCCAAGCCAAGAGGCAAUGAGGCCGUGUCUCUGGACGUCACCUUCCCUCAGGCCGAUAACCUUUACGGUAUCCCCGAACACACUGACAAGUUCGCUCUUCGCUCGACAGUCAACUCUGAACCUUACCGACUCUUCAAUUUGGACGUUUUUGAGUAUGAGUUGGACAGUACCAUGGCUAUUUACGGAGCUAUUCCUGUUAUGUACGCUCAUGGCUCCAAGCGCACAGUGGGAGUCUUCUGGCACAACUCGGCCGAGACGUGGGUGGAGGUGGACUCGCGCGCCGGCACCGUGGUCUCCUCGCUCGUGAACCUGGUCACAGGCGCCGACGCGCCCGCCGCCAAGGACGCCAGAUUCAUGAGCGAGAGCGGCAUCAUCGACAUCUUCGUGAUGCUGGGACCUUCCCCCGCCGAGGCCACCAGACAGUACAUGCGGCUGACGGGACCCACGCCGCUUCCGCCGAAAUUCUCUCUGGCCUACCACCAGUGCCGCUGGAACUACGUGGAUGAAGAAGACGUGAGGACUCUAGACGAGAACUUCGACAAGCAUGACAUCCCUGCUGACGUCAUCUGGCUGGACAUUGAAUAUACCGACAGGAAAAAAUACUUCACAUGGGACAUGGAGAAGUUCGGCCACGCCGGCGACAUGGUGGCCAACCUGACAGCCAAGGGACGCAAGAUGGUGGUCAUCAUCGACCCCCACAUCAAGAGGGAAGCGGGCUACUUCCUGCACGAGCACGCCACUGAUAACGGACUCUACGUGAAGAACAAAGAUGACAAGGAUUAUGAAGGAUGGUGCUGGCCCGGAUCCUCAUCGUACUUGGACUUCCUCAAUCCAGCUGCCUCGGAGUACUAUUCGGAGCGGUACCAUUAUGAACACUUCCCCGGGACCAGCCGGGACGUGCACAUAUGGAACGACAUGAACGAGCCCAGUGUGUUCAACGGCCCCGAGAUCACGAUGCCCAAGGACUGCCGCCACUACAAGCCGCCUCAGGACGGACACACCGGCAUCGCCUCCUUCUGGGAACACAGACACAUCCACAACGAGUACGGUCUGUUCCACGUGCGCGCCACACACGCUGGUCUUCUCAGCCGUGACGCGGGCAAAUACCGUCCUUUCAUACUGACGCGGUCCGCCUUCGCCGGCACGCAGAGAUACGCAGCAGUCUGGACUGGCGACAACGCGGCGACCUGGGGCUUCCUGGCCGUGUCGACCCCCAUGUGCCUGUCUCUGUCGGUGGCGGGCGUCUCCUUCUGCGGCUCCGACGUGGGCGGCUUCUUCCAGAACCCUGGGGACGAGCUCAUGACCCGGUGGUACCAGGCGGGAGCAUACCAACCCUUCUUCCGCGCUCACUCGCACAUCGAGACUAAACGGCGGGAGCCCUGGCUGUUCACCGCAUCUACAACGCAGCUCAUCAGAGACGCUGUACGCAGAAGAUACGCGCUUAUUGACUUCUGGUACACACUAUUCUACGAGCACUCUGUGUCCGGCGUGCCGGUGAUGCGCGCGCACUGGAUGCAGUACCCUCAGGAAACGGAAACCUAUGCCAUCGAUGACCAGUACUUGUUGGGAGACAAGCUCCUCGUGGCUCCAGUGUUCGAGGAAGGCGCGACGUCCCGCCGCGUGUACCUGCCGGGAAGGGAGUCCAAGACCGUGUGGUACGACGUGGACUCUUACCACGCGACCCAAGCCGCUGGGUGGAUCAAUGUGGAUGCUGGUCUUUCUAAGAUCCCUGUGUACCAGCGCGGCGGCACUAUCAUCGCCCGCAAGGAGCGCGUGCGCCGCUCGUCAGCUCUGAUGGAGGACGACCCUUACACGCUCGUGGUGGCGCUGGAUAAGGACGGUAAAGCGGAGGGCACUCUGUACAUCGACGACGGCGCGACGUACGAGUACAAGAACAACCAGUACAUCUACGCCAAGUUCGCUUACGACGGCAAGUCGCUCACCUACUCGUUCAUAAACAAGAACGCCAGCUACCCCACGCGCUCGUGGGUGGAGCGCAUCGUGGUGGCCGGCAUCAAGACCGUGCCCAAGACCGCCAAGCUGCACCAGGGCGACAAGGCUACGGCGCUCCAGAUGACCCUCCACAAGGGCAACGACGUGCUCGUCGUCAGGAAACCCGCCGCCGCCAUGGACCGGCCCUGGGACAUACGCUUCCACUUCUAGAGGGGAAGGAAGAGAGGGGGGGUCCACUUCUAGACGGGGAGGAGGGGAUAGGCAAUACUGUAGGUGUGUCAAGAUAAGGCUGGUCGCAGCGUAAAGCUAGCUAGGACUAUCCGCAGCAAGACUUAACUAAUAGAAACCUGGCAGAUCUUAGAUAAAAAUAUACGAACAAGCUGGUUUGUCACAUACAAAAUUAAAGCAACAAACUGUCCACAUUUUAUUUACUGUUAAACCGUUUUAAGUUCAACCUAAUUAAAGUACUCAGUGGUUGAAGUGGGUGUUAUUUGUCGAGACGAUUCUUUGGUCGAGCGACUUUUGUGCUGCAAGCCGCCAUAAUUUAGGGUGCGUCCAAAAAAGCGAUAGGGUGACAUUUUAGCAUUGUA